ACGCAUAACCAGCAAUACCUUCUCUUGCUCCCCGUGUCAGCAUUUGUAUCACCCACACGGACGCUGUGUACGAUUACAACAGUCAGUUGAUUAUAAUAGUGUAUUGUAAAUACAACCACCCAAUAAUAUUAUGGUCGUUUAUGUAUCGAAAACCCUUCGGUAAAAAAUCGGUUCGACGCCGAUAAAAGCAUGUGGGAAUCGAACAUUUUGGUCAUUUGGAUAUAUUUAACGGUAUUACUGCCUUUGAACCAGACUAUCCCCGCGGAUACAGAACAAACCGAAUGUGAUCAUAUAGAAAAUUACGAUGAAUUGGUCACUAUUAGUUCUGAGCAGCCUUAUAUAGUCAAAAAAAACAAAUGGUGUAUAAAAAUCCCUCCAAGAUGUUCGGAAGAUAAAACAGAAUUUAGGACUGUACAAAAGAACGUCACAGUGAAUAAAACGCGGGUAAUAAAACAAUGUUGUAAAGGUUACAUGAGACUGAAUGGUAGCUGUGUAAAUAUUUGCGAUCAAAGUCAAUGUCCAGACGUAGUUUGUAGGGAAGACUAUCAGAAAUGUUGGUGCAAUCCAGGCUUUACUGGCCUCCUUUGCCUGUCAAAAUGUAUCCAAGGAACUUGGGGUGAUGGAUGUCUAAACUUUUGCAACAAUACUUGCAAUAAUAGCUGUGAUCACAAAACCGGAUAUUGUCACUCAGAAAUAAAGAUAAAAUUUAAUGAAAACGCAACUAACGAUCUCAUCAAAAACGAAAAAUCAUUUUUUUCUUCAGUAACGUCAGAUAACCUCCUAACUGUAAAUGGCAAUGAAAAUUCAACAACUGCAACUACAACGAUGACUCAAAUAAUAACAAUACAAUCAAAUACAACUUCAACAGCAGCUAAAGAUGUGCCAGCAACUAAACCGACGAACGGUAGUCAAGGAAGUUAUUAUAGAGACUUAUUUAUGACAGUCACCAACGCUAAAGCUACUGUGUACAAGUACACGACCUACGACCAUAAUGACUUGAUAAAAAAACUCAUCUGGAUAUCUUCUUUGACUGUAGCUACAUUGGCUAUGGUAUUUGUUAUCAUAUUGGUGGUAUUUUUCAAAUGUAUUACUCCUCCGGUGAUGACAGAAAGACCAAAACAAGAACCUAGUACAUCUGCAGACUCUAAAAAUGAUACAUAUAAAAUCUCAUUCAGUAUGAACCCAAUAUUAGACAGAUAUACCAAGCCUCCAAGUAAUUCAGGCACUAAAGAAGCCAUGUUAGUACCGCCAGAGACUUUUUGUCCAGUUUUCAAAGCGCCAUAUUAUACAGCUGAUGGAUGUGACAUAUAUGAUUAUCCUCAACCAAUAUAUGAAAUACUUUGCUGAUUAUUCAUAGUGUAUGAUAUUUUAAUAAUAUUUUUAUUGAAAAUUUCUUAAAUAUGUUUAUAUAAAUAUUUUAAAACGUUAGUUUUAUUUAAAAUUGUUAAAAAUGCGUUUUUAUUUCAAUAAUGUUUCAUUUUCAAAUAUAUACAUAUAUAUAUUAGUUUUA